AUGAACCUACAAAUACGGCAUACACGCGCUCCUACCAACUCAGAACCGUCAUAAACACCGACGCGUUUGUAUCAUAUCGUAUCGCCAUAUUUUUAAAGGCAUAAACGAAAGAAUAAUAUAAUCACGAUACAUUGUUUUUUUUUUAAUAUAUCUUACACGUAACAGUGUUAUCACACGCGUCAAAUUUUUAUACUGUAUAUUAUAUAUGGUAUAAAAAGAGAGAAAGAGAGAAAGAAAGAGAUAAAGGAGGAGAAGAAGAAGAGAGAGAAAGUGUUAAUUGGACGAUAUAAAACGAGUGUUGAGAUAAAAUCAAAUCAUGGCACCGCAUACGAGUUAUGCACCUAUCACCAGUAUGGAAUACGAAGAACCGGUAUCGAGGACCUAUCAAUAUAGAAAAAUUACAAAACCGUUGCUUGAGAGGAAAAGAAGAGCCCGUAUUAAUCGGUGCUUGGACGAAUUGAAAGAUCUCAUGGUUGCUGUACAUCAAUCCGAAGGUGAAAACGUCGCGAAAUUCGAAAAAGCUGAUAUACUUGAAAUGACAGUUCAUCAUUUGCAAACGUUAAGGGCAGCACAUAGGCUAACUUUAACGCCAGAGAACAGUUACGCCGACAGAUUCAGAGAUGGUUUCACGCAGUGCGCGCAAGAAGUUUCUAAAUUCCUCUCAAGUCCGGUCGCAGCCACGGUUCAUCCGAAUGUUGGUGCUCAGCUCAUGAGGCACCUCGGUGGAUGUCUUAGAAGAUUGGAAGGUUCUCCUACAUCGAACAAUUCUAAUUCCAUUUCGUCGUCUAAUUCUACCUCACCGGUUCCAAGUACAAGCAAGGGUUAUAACGAACCUAUUUCAUCCCCUGCUACUACUACUACAACGACAACGUCAACUAUGAUGACUGUUUGUGUACCACAAAAUAUCUAUACACCACCUCACAGUCCUAUAAGCGUUGUCAGUUCUUCUGGGGAAUCGAUGGACUCGUCUGGUGCUAUCUGGAGACCUUGGUAAAGAUCAUCGAUCUUCGGGAUCAUCGAUUGUUAUUAUUGGUCCCUGAUUAUAAUACGACUACGGGAUUCUAGUGGAUUCUUCGUGUGUUAUUCGGGACGAGUAAUUCGUUUCCGAAUAAUUCAGCAGCAAUAAAUCAACUUUCCUCCUUUCUCGAUGAACGAUAAUAAUUAUUAUAACGAAAAGGGAGGAAAACGACGAAUCAUCGUCUUCCAAAUAUUAUUAUUAUUAUUAUUAUAUUAUUAUUAUUAUUAUUAUAAUUAUUGUAACGAACGUAUAAUUGUAAAUACUCUUGGACAUCGUUUCUGUCCAAUUUAUUUCUGUUUCAUUUUUUUUUAUUUUUUACUUCUUUAAAUCAUGAUCUAAUAGUUGCUUUUUCUUCUACAUAGUGAAUAGGUGAUAAAAGCUUUAAAAAGAUGUCUGUGAUAGGGAUCCAUUUUGUACCUGAAAUAAUAACUAUUUUUUGCUCGCAAAGUAUAUCGAUUAUUAUAUAAUUAUGUUAACUUGUUAUGUUUAAGAUAUAUCUUUCCUUUUUUUUUUUUUUAAUUUUUUUUUGUUACCCCCCGCCCCGCCCCCUUCUUACUAGACAUUAAAUAUUUUUCGGUAUAUCUUUGUUAAAUACCGCGAAACAUUUUAUUGUGAGAUUAUUAUAAUAAAAGAUAUUGUUCGAGCAUAUUAAUUAACAAUUAUUUCUUUUUUUCUAUUUCACCUAACCAAUCCCCGAACCUUUU